AUGUCAGGCAAUAGACCAAACAACGGCGAACGCCAGCAAACUGCCAGAAGUAGGCUCACUAACAGGACCUAUGGGAAUGAUGAAUACUCACUGGCCGGGCCACAACAAGGGCAGCCCAGAGCUGACCCGCAUAACACGUACUAUCAAGAAGGAUACCGAGAGAUGAACCCUUUGAUGGACAACCACUAUGAAGAUCCGAAUCCCAGCUUCAGUUUGGCAAGGACUUUUCCGCAUCAAGUGAGAUUCAAGAACCAGAGGCAAAAUCCCGACAAGAAGCCGGCGGUGCAGCCUGAAGAAAAAGGCGAGGCAGAGACGGCGCCUCAGGUUGGGGAGUCCCGACAGCAACGAGGCUCUGUUCAGGCGAAUGAUGCACGGCGGCAUGACAGCUACGGGCGCAACAGCAACACUGAGCAGGAUAACUUCGAUGACCAACCAACUGCAGAAGACGAAGAAACAGGAUAUCAAUUCCCCUCAAUACCGCAACCACCAACACCCUCCCGCCAAUUUAUAAAUCGACAAUCCGAAGACAAAACCAACCUCCACCCAAUCCCCGAAGACCAAGUCCCCGACAAUGAAUCCGAAUACCAAGACUUCCGAAACCAAGCCGCAAUGGAACAAGGCAAACCCAAACCCUUCAACCAAUGGGCCAAAUUCCGCAUGCACUUCCAACGGCCCCUGGCAGAAUGGCUCGGCACCACCAUCCUCAUCUUCAUCGGCAUCAGCGGCAACCUCUCCGUCGUAACCUCCGACUUUCAAACCGGGAGCAUGCAAUGCAUGUACUGGUGCUGGGGCUUCGCCGUCAUGCUGGCAAUCUACAUCGCCGGUGGCGGCAGCGGUGCUUUCCUCAACCCUUCCCUAACAAUCAUGCUCUCCGUCUUCCGCGGUUUCCCAGCACGGCGUGUCCCCAUCUACAUCCUCGUCCAGCUCCUCGGCGCCUACACCGGCGCGCUCCUCGCCUUCGCCGUCUACCGCGACGACAUCCUCCACUACUCCAGCGGCAUCCUCGACCCCGCAUCAACGGGGCCAUACAUUUACACCCAGCCCAAGGACUGGAUUUCCAACUCGACCGCCUUCUUCACCGAAAUGCUCGGCACAGCCGUGAUAGGCUGCUCCAUCCUGGCCCUAGGUGAUUCCUCCAACUCCCCGCCCGGAGCCGGAAUGCACGCCUUCAUAAUCGGCCUCCUAACCACCACCGUCACCAUGUCCCUCGGCUUCAGCACAGGCGGCUGCUUCAACCCUGUCCGCGACAUUGGCCCCCGCCUCGCCGCCAUAACAGUAGGCUACCCCACCUCCCUCUUCAACGCGCACCAGUACUGGUGGAUCUGGGGACCUUGCUGCGCGACGGUAACGGGCGCGUUGCUGGGCGGGUUGGUGUAUGAUUUGUGUAUUUUCAAGGGCGGGGAGAGUCCGGUGAAUUAUUCGUGCGGGAGGUGGAAGCAGGCGGGGAUGGAGAUCGAGCAGAAGGGACAUGAGGUGAAGACGCAGGGGUUGGAGGAGAGUUGUGGCAUGGCGAAGAUGUUGGGGUUGAAUAAGUUGGCGGAUAAGAUUCAUGGGAUGGAAGAGUCGGAUGAGACGGAUUUGGAGAAGGGGUUGAGCAGGGAGGGGAGCGCGGGAAGUCAGAAGUCGUGA